ACGCAUACACACAACACGCAGGAGUGAGCCCUCCACGCUUUUCUUAGUUGGCUGCUCCUAAACUAUCAUGUAGUAAACUAUCAUGUAGUAAACUAUCAUGUCAGGCGAUAAAAACCACUUUGAAGAAACGUUUACUUUUUGUCAUCUUCCUUCCAGAAAGUUCUCUUUCCUGGAGGACCAGGACACCUUGCAGCUGUUGAUGAAAUGGUCCAUGCUUGGGAGGCUCUCUGCACAAACCUUCAGCUUUGACCAGACUUUUUACCCUUACCUCGCUAAAAGAUUCGCCCUGUGCUUCUUCAGAGAUGCCAAGGUGUUGUCCAGUCUGAGAAUGAUGGCAGCCUGGGAGCCUCUCAUCACAGACAAAGUUGUGUCUGUGGAUGUGGAGGUGGUACCAUGCACCAAAAUCUCCAUGGACUUGUUUGACCCCAUCUACGCUUGUGGCAUCGUGAACAGCUCAGGACGCAUCGCCACAUGCUUCCACGAAGUCCACCCUGACUACGACAGACUCCGAGAGAUGCUGCGAGAGGAGGACUCCGAGCACUACCAGGUCGUCGGGAGCGCCGAGCGAGGGGAGUUUCUGUUUCGCCUCUUCAAGCAUCUCUGCCUGGGAGGAGAGCUGAAUCAGUACGAGGACACCAUAGAGCCUUACAUCAGCACCACCAAGAACAUGUACAAAGAUCUCAUCAGCGUUCAAAAGCAUCCAGAAAGCAAAAAGAUCAGCGUGGUCUCUACAGUGCUCAAAGUCUACGCCUUUGAUGAGCUGGGCCGCUGUUACCCAGGACCACGGGAGGAAGAGCAGACCUUUGCUUACAUGGUAGUGGACCCCUUCAAGCGCCACGUGACUCUACUCUGCCACUCUUUUGUAGGACCUCAACGUCAAUCAAUCUAUUUUACUUGGACCACAAGCAUACCGAGCUUGGCUAGUCCCCCCAUGAGCCAUAACAGCAAUUGAAAGAGAGGAAGAAGGAAGGAACCAACUGAACCACACAUGCAUGAGCCAGCACUUGGCCACUUGGCCACAGAGGCAAGGAAAAACUCCCCCGUGGGACGAAACAUUGGACAGAACUUACAGAGGCUUUGUGUGGUGGCCGUCUGUCUCGACCAGUUGGGUACAGAGAGGGAGAACGGGUGGAGACAUAGAGCUUAUGGAGAUGUAAUACCACAUACUGGUGUUCAGGUGAUUAGGAUAAAGCAGAGUUUAUUUCUUCCUACCCGUGUCCCAUAACAAGUGUUUCAUAGUAAUAUCAGACAUUGGGGUGCUGGAGCCUAUCUCAGCUUUGGACCCUGACUUAAAGAAGUUGAAAAACUUAUUGGGGUGUUA